GCUAGAGCCCUGAUAUAUCUAGCUUUGCGAUUCUCUCUACAAAAUUCAGGUUACAUGUCUGAUAACUCUGUCCAAGACCAGAGGAAGACCCAAAUUCUGUAAAACCCAACUGACCAGGGCUCUUUGAAUAAGAGCCAUGGGACGUUGGAGCGAUUAUCGUUAUUAUGACCAUUCCGUCACUCACUCUGUGUUCCUCUUCCACCGCGUGGUCUCGCUGGGCGAAUCGCAACGACACAGAACAUGGCUGCCGUCGAGAAAGGGCUGAAACCGGCGCCAUUUGCCAAGACUAAAAGUGCUGAUGGGGCCAGUAAACCCACCACUGUGGACACACUGCGGACGGCACGGUGUAUGGACAAACUGGAGAUGAUGGGCGAACCUCUCGUUGGUCUGGACUACAUCACGGAGUUUCAGAAUGAGGACCCCGAGAUUGAAGAGUACUACGUGUGUAAGUUGUGUGACUCCAGGUGUGACCCUCGUACCCUAAACACCCACGUCAUCGGGGCCAGACACAGGCUAGCUUACCUGAAAGAGCACCAUCCUGACAUGGCAGCCAUGACCCUACAGAAUAAACGCCGUUCAGAACAGUCCAUAGCCCUGGCAGAGUUUGUAAAACAGGCAGUGAAACAGGACGGACAGAAGGAAGUGAAGGUGAAGAUGGAGCUGAACCCCUUCUACAACCCACAGCAGCGCGAGAAGGAGAAACGGAAACGUGCGGAACAACUCCGCAGACACGAGGUCGCUUACGCUGCCAAACGGCGAAGAAUGGGUUUUGGGGACGAUGAGUGGGACGGUGACGUCGGGCACGGCCCUGUGCCGAUGGGCCGCCGCGGGCCACCCGUGGGACGUGGGCGUGGCCUGCCAAGACACGCGUACGAAGAGGACUACUACCCAGGUCCAUCCGACUACGACUAUGGCUAUCCUGAUGAGCCUUACCGUGGACGGGGAGGUCGUAUGCUACCACCGGCCGCAUACCGACCCAGGUCACCCAGGAGGUCAGGAUCCGUACUAUCAGGGAGGGUACCCUGA